CUGCCCUCUUAAACGCCAUAGAAAUUUGUAGCGCUGACUGGUCGCUGCUGCCAACCACCGCUUCGACACCAGCCAUCGCUCCGAGCAUCCCCGGCGCGCGCCUGCGCAACGUGCAAUCAUGGCGCUAGAGGCUGGCGUGAUGGCUAUCACUGUGGAGUUCGCUCAGGACCUGAACAACAAGGAGUGGUUUGGCAGGCAAGAUCCCUACUGCGUGGUGCAGGUGGGUGGCCAGAACUUCCGCACCCGUGUGGCCACGGACGGCGGCCGCAACCCCGUGUGGAACGAGACAUUCCGCUUCGAGAUCCUGAAUGAGAACGAGCUGCAGCUGGAGGUCAAGGACGACCAGCUGGGCCACGACGCCGUGCUGGGCACCGCCUCCAUCUCCUUGGCCCGCGCCCGGCAGCUGGGGGCAGACCGCGUGGAGGCUGCCGUCAUCAGCCCCCGCCACCGCACGCAGCACGGCGUGGUGUCGGUGGCCAUGCAGUGGGAGCCCAACGGCGGCAUGCGCCCGGGAUACGGCGGCGGCGGCUACAGCGCGUACGCAGCGCCCCCCAUGCCCAUGCAGCAGGCGCCGCCGCCCAUGCAGCAGUACGGCGGCGGCUACGGCGGCGGCUAUGGCAAUGCGCCCAUGGCGCAGCCGCAGCAGGGGUACGUGGAGGAGGUCGUGGUGGUGGAGCAGCCCGCGCACCACCGCCACCACCACCACCAGCAGCAGCAGCAGGAGGUGAUCGAGAUUGUACGGCCCUAUUGAUGAGGCGGCGGACGGUGUCCUUGAUGCUAGCAACGGAUCGGAAGCAACCGGGCCACGCCGGGCGCGGCACGUUCGGAAGGCUAGCGGCGGGCCCGCUUAAGCACGUACACUUACUGUACUGUGUGUGCGUGUGUGUGCGUGUGUGUGCGUGUGUGCGUGUGUGACUGGAUGUCGCUGAGGGCUCUAUAGGGUUUGGUCGACAAUGUCCGGCCGGCGCACAUGGACGGCUGCUGGGUGGGGAGCUGUGGUCAUGAUGGCAUACGGUAGUGGUGACGCCGUGCGCUACGGUAGUUAUAGGGCCCAGGGGUGGCAACAGGUAUGGCCGGUUUACUUGGCAUGUACGGUAGGUGGGGGCAAGAAUGGAUGAGAAGCGAGGCUACGCCGUGUGGCUGUGCCCGUAGGAAAAGGGUGCGCCUCUGAGUGAACACCGGGUGCGCUGAGCCCCUGGGCAACUGCUUGUUGAUUUCGACACAUACUGGUUUGCGGCGUGAGUGACAGUGUAACCUUGAUUUCGU